AUGAGGCUCUGGCACCCGCUUCUCCUUGCGCUCCCGCUCGUCUCGGCGCGCGAGGCGCAAGUCUUCCUCUUCCCCUCCCCGCCGUCAUCGCACGCCGACACGCCCAAGGCCCCGCCGACCCUCUCGGCGGAGCAGGCGCAGGCCGUGCUUGCGAACCACCUGGGCGGGAGCGGUGGGAUCUCGCAGCACAAGACGCCGGAGGACGAGGGCAUGUGGGCGCACCUGCUGCAUCUGUGGGAGGGGGAGAAGCGGCCCCGUGUUGUCGUUAUCCAGGACGCGGAUCUCAAGGACAUCCUCCCCGACACCCUGUCUACACCGUCGUUCUACAUGGAGUCGUGGGACGCCCAGUCGGUCAUGGAGCCGUACCUCGACGCUGCGCGCGCCGCCGUCGAGCGCGUCCUCAAGUUGCCCCUCGUCAAGACCCUGCUCGACACGCUCGACCUGGCUGUGUCUAAAGCCGGCGAGAAGCUCGCGCAGGAGCUCGCGUCCCUCGUCGCCCUCGCCGACCACCUCUGGUCUUCGGCUGAGCACGAGUGGGACGCCGUGUCCAUCCGCCUCGGCCUCGCUGAGCCCGGAUCGGCGCUGCACAAGUCGGCCACCAAGGGUGUUAAGGCGGGCCUGCAGUCGAUGACCCAGCCCGACUCGCCGCCCCUCCUCCUCGUUGUCAUGCCCUCGUCCAGCCGCCACUACUCCCGCGCUGUCCGUGCCCCCAACGACACCGACACCCCCGUCAAGCCCAAGCACGACUACACGCAGUCGUUUGCCAUCCUCGCCGGCGCGUCCCUUUUCAUCGUCUUUGCGAUCGCUGGCUCUAUCAGCCUGCUCUUCAGCGUCGGCGAGAACGAGCUCCCGUCGACGCUCACCCUGUCCAUCAGCCGGCCGCGCCAUGACUAG